GUACUGAUGGAUAAUAUACUGUGUUCUGGCCAGUGUCCUCAAGUAAAUCAAUUCAUAAUAAUAAAAAAAAAUCUAUACUUGAUUUGCACUACUGUCACAUCUUAACUUUUGUUCACUGACCCCAACCACCAUGGGUUUCAAAAAAUCUUUUGUAAUAUUGUUUAGUUUGAAAAAUAUGCUGUCCAAGUCUCUCUGAUUUGGUCUUAAAAACACCGUUCAGAUUUUGUGAGGAGCUAUGGCGCAGCCAAGCCUGAUUGUGUCCUUGUGUGUUAAUGCUGAGUGAAGCUGUUUGCGCAAUCCUCUUGGCUCUCUCUCCUCAUGCCUGCGCACAGUGUUGGUUGGUUGGCAGGCAGGCGAACAGGCAGUGCAGUCUGUGCCAACACAGCUGCCUAUUGAGAGGCAUCGUUAUGGACACAAUGUGAGCGACAGACUUGCUGUAUCAACAGCUCCCCCUUUUCUGCUGUUGUGGCCAGAAAUAAACCAUAAAUACCCCCCUGUCACUGCCUUCCAAUGGCUCAACCCCACCAAACACCAAGUGGCAUUGAAUAAGAGGGACAGCACCACUUCUAAGCAGGCAUACCCAGUGGAGGCGUGAUUGGAAGAAUGUCAGAACAGCAGAGUGCCCCAGAGCAGCUGGCUGCAGGGAAGAGCCAGGGUGGAGCAGCAGCCACAUACAAGGUGGUGCUGUUUGAAUUUGAGAACUUCCAGGGAAGCAAGGCCGAGUUCUCAGCAGAGUGCAAAGAUGUACUCGAGAAGGGCCUCCAGAAGGUCGGCUCAGUGAUAGUUGAAUCUGGGCCAUGGGUGGGUUAUGAUCGGCAUGGCUUCACAGGGGAGCAGUUUAUUCUGGAGAAAGGCCAGUACCCUCGUUGGGACACGUGGACCAACAGUCAGAAUAGCUACUCCCUCUUGUCUAUAAGGCCACUCAAAGUGGAUGGGGCUGACCACAAGCUACACUUGUUUGAGAACCCUGGAUUUACGGGUAGAAAGAUGGAGAUUAUUGAUGAUGAUGUCCCCAGUUUGUGGGGCCACGGUUUUCAAGAUCGCGUAGCAAGCGUCAAAGCUCUCAAUGGAACAUGGGUGGGCUACAUGUACCCAGGCUACAGGGGGCGCCAGUUUAUCUUUGAACUAGGGGAUUUCAAGCACUGGAAUGACUGGGAGGCCCCUGAACCCCAGAUCCAGUCUGUCCGACGUGUGCGGGACAUGCAGUGGCACAAGAGGGGCUGUUUCUCUGCUCCAGACCCGGCUCCAGCUCCCGGUCCGGACCCAGAUCCCACUCCGGCACCUCCUGCUCCGGCACCCCCUGCUCCAUCUGCCAAAGGUGGGGCCAGCUGAGCGGGAUCCUAACCUGCUUCCCACCCAGACUCUCCCAAGCUCCACAUAGAGCCUGUCCUCUGCCUUCACUAACCACGACAAAUGCUGCUUACCCCCACAGAGGAGUGCCAUAUAUG